AUGGACUUCCUCCUCCUCGACCCACGCAACCGUCUCCGGCUCAUUUGCCGCAACAUGCGUCUCGUGACGUUCCGGCAACUCCAAGCGCACCCCGAGAGCCACCAAAUCGUCGAGCUCCGGACGAUUCUGGCUCGGGUCAGGGAGCUGAACGAGGAGUUCCAUCUCCCGGUUCGCACGGUCGUCUUAUUGUUGGACGCCCUACCGAAACUCCCGGACUUUGAUGGCCCGGAUGUCGAUGAGGAGGAGCUCUGCGAGAGGGCAUUCCAGGGCUUGUCGAGAGCUCGGGACCAUCAUUUGAUGGUCCGACGCCUUCGACGCACCCGCAGGGAGCUUCGUCGUCAAAUCCGUCAAUGGUGA